AUGGUGUCUGUCCCGCGUUAUGAGUUUGCUUGUGAAGUUGAGGAGGAGGACAGCAGCUCGGGGGAGGACAGCAGCUCGGAGGAGGACAUGGGGAACACGGACAGCCUGUGGGGAGCGAGGAGGGAAUCCAGGAAAGAGCCGGCGAGUCCCACACCUACAAUACCAGAGAUCUCAGUGACUGAAGCGCCUGAAGUAUCCAGGCAGCCGGAGACAGACGACGUGGACGAUGAGGGACACUUUGACACCUGCAGUGUCAGCGGCAGUGAAGACCCCACCAGCCGCCAACACUUCAUCCAGGUGAUGAUGGACAGAUCCCCCCGGGGGAGGAGGAGCAUGGUGCAGCGCAGGUCCGUUCACCUGUCCACCAGGAGUGACAGCGACUCAGUGUCCAUGCUGUCCUCCGUCCUGGACGAGGACAGGACCUCCGUCACUCUGGACCCUCUGGAACACGAGUGGAUGAUGUGUGCUUCAGACGGCGAGUGGGGCAGCUUGAGCCGCCUCCUCGCCACAGAACCCAGUCUCAUCCUGAGGAAGGAUUUCGUUUCUGGGUUCACCUGCCUGCACUGGGCCGCCAAACUGGGAAAUCCUGAGCUCAUAGCCCUUAUUAUUAAUUUUGCCAAGCAGUACAGCAUUCCGAUCAAUAUUGAUGUUCGAUCCAACACUGGCUACACGCCGCUGCACAUAGCUGCUAUGCACAACCACAUGGAGGUGGUGAAGAUCCUGGUGGGUGCCUAUAAUGCUGAUGUAGAGAUCAGAGACUAUAGUGGAAGGAAGGCCUGCCAGUACCUUACUGACAGUGCAAGUGUGGACAUACAGGACAUCAUAGGAGCUUACGAGCAAUCACACUCAGAGGACACUGACUGCAAGGACAGAGGACCAUGGAGGUUCUCCAGGGUUCUCCAAUCCAACCUGAAGCCCCUCAGGCGGCUGACCUCAAGUGACUGUGACUCUGUGGAUGGGCAUGGUCGACUGAGGGAGAAACCUGUGAGGCGGAUGUCUUCUCUCAGCAGGAUGAAGCCCAAACUGCAGCGGCUCCGCUGGAGGACAUCGCAGAUUGUCCACAGCACAACUUUCCACGGCACAGAAGACUUGGAGGAGUCUGGGGAAGGCUUCUGUAAGCCCAGACCUAAGACCCAUUUCUUUGGGUGA